UUAGUUACUAGUGUCUUCUCUGACCAGGUUGUUUUAAGCGUUUUGAAUUUCUCUCUCCGGCUCUGCAGUGAGAGCGUCAACGGCUAUGGCAGUGAAUGUCGUUGUUUAUGGUUCGGUGGAGGAGUUCCUGAAGCACUGCGAGCAGUCCGGCGACGCCGCAUACGGUGCACUCCGGUCGGUGCUGGCUCACCUGGAAGAUCCGACUACCCGUUCCCAGGCUCGAAUCUUCCUUUCAGACCUGCAGAAGCGUUUUACCACCAAGGAAGCCCGCGAUCACUGCUUUAAGACCUAUCAUUUCCGGAUCGAGGACAUUUUCUUGGAGCAAUAUGAGGGAUACCAGGGGAGAAAAAAAUUGACAAUGAUGGUGAUCCCUAGCAUUUUUGUCCCAGAAGACUGGUCGUUUACUUUUUAUGAAGGAAUUAAUAGACAUCCAGACUCCAUUUUCAAGGACAGGACUGUUACCGAGUUAGGUUGUGGAAAUGGGUGGAUAUCUGUUGCCAUAGCUGAGAAGUGGUUGCCUUUGAAGGUUUACGGCCUUGAUAUCAAUCCUAGAGCAGUAAAGAUUUCUUGGAUAAAUUUAUAUUUAAAUGCUUUAGAUGAAAAGGGCCAGCCUAUCUAUGAUGAGGAGAAGAAAACUUUGCUGGACAGGGUAGAGUUUCAUGAAUCUGAUCUUCUAUCGUAUUGCAGAGAACAUGAAAUUCAACUUGAGAGAAUUGUGGGAUGCAUACCUCAGAUUCUUAAUCCCAACCCAGAUGCAAUGUCUAAGAUUAUUACUGAAAAUGCAAGUGAAGAAUUCCUUUAUUCCUUGAGCAAUUAUUGUGCACUUCAGGGCUUUGUGGAAGAUCAGUUUGGCUUAGGAUUAAUUGCUAGGGCUGUUGAAGAGGGAAUAGAAGUAAUCAGACCAAAUGGAAUCAUGAUAUUUAACAUGGGAGGUCGCCCCGGUCAAGGUGUAUGCAAACGAUUGUUUGAGCGUCGGGGUUUCCAGGUCACAAAACUUUGGCAGACUAAAAUUAUUCAGGCUGCAGACACAGAUAUUAGUGCCUUAGUUGAGAUUGAGAAGAACAGUCCACACCGUUUUGAGUUCUUUAUGGGACUUUCUGGUGAUCAGCCAAUUUGUGCAAGGACAGCAUGGGCCUAUGGAAAGGCUGGUGGAAGCAUAUCUCAUGCUCUAUCAGUUUACAGUUGUCAACUUCGUCAACCUAGUCAGGUUAAGAUUAUUUUUGAAUUUCUUAAAAAUGGAUUCCAAGAGAUCAGCAGUUCUUUAGAUUUGUCCUUUGAUGAUGAUUCAGUUGCGGAUGAGAAGAUUCCUUUCCUUGCUUAUCUUGCAAGUGCCCUUAAAAAGAAUUCAUAUUUUCCUUAUGAGCCGCCAUCUGGAUCCAAACGCUUUCGCAGUCUUAUUGCAGGAUUUAUGAAAACGUAUCACCAUAUUCCACUGACUGCCAAUAAUGUGAUCAUCUUUCCUUCAAGGACUGUGGCAAUUGAGAAUGCUCUUCGUCUGUGCUCACCUCACCUUGCAAUUGUUGAUGAACAUUUGACUCGACACCUGCCCAGGCAGUGGUUAACAUCUUUAGCAAUUGAGAAGAAUACAGUAACUGGUGACUCUCCAGAGGAUACACUUGCCGUAAUUGAAGCACCUCGGCAGUCAGACUUGAUGUUAGAACUGAUAAAGAAGUUGAAGCCACAAGUGGUGGUGACUGGGAUUGCUCCUUUUGAGGCAGUUACUACUUCAGCUUUUGUUAACCUCUUGGAAGCAACACGGGAGAUUGGAUCUCAUCUCUUUCUAGACAUAUCUGAUCACUUUGAGCUAUCCAGCCUCCCAGGAUCCAAUGGGGUCCUAAAAUAUCUAGCCAGAAAUGUUCUGCCAUCUCAUGUGGCAAUUAUAUGUGGAUUGGUGAAGAAUAAGGUUUAUCCAGAUUUAGAAGUAGCUUUUGUCAUUUCCGAAGAAGAGUCAGUCUUCAGUGCCUUGUCCAAAACUGUUGAACUACUUGAGGGCAAUACUUCGCUGAUUAGUCAGUACUACUAUGGGUGUAUUUUUCAUGAGCUUCUUGCUUUUCAGCUUGCAGACAGACAUCCACGUGCUCAGAGAAAUUGUGAAAAUGUCAAAUCAGUUGAUAUGAUAGGAUUUGCUAGCUCAGCUAUACCAGUUCUUAGUAAUGCUGAGCUGUCAAUUGAUGGGGCAGAGAAUGGGUCUCUUAUCCACAUGGAUUGUGAUCAAAGCUUCUUGUCUAUUCCAUCUUCUGUCAAGGCUUCUAUUUUUGAAAGUUUUGCAAGACAAAACGUGACAGAGUCUGAAACUGAUGUCACCCCGAGCAUCAAACAAUUUGUCAGUAGAAACUAUGGUUUCCCAACAGAUAGCAGCACAGAAAUUAUACAUGCGGAAAAUGCCAAAGCUCUUUUUAAUAAAUUGGUCCUUUGCUGCAUCAAAGAAGGCGGCACCAUAUGUUUUCCAACUGGAUCAAAUGGGAACUAUGUUUCAGCUGCCAAAUUCUUGCAAGCUAGCAUAGUCACAGUUCCUACCGGUGUCAGUGAAGGCUUCAAGCUCACAGGGAAGACACUUUCUGGAGUCCUUGAGACUCUGAAAAAUCCAUGGGUCUUUAUAUCUGGUCCAACAAGUAACCCAACCGGUUCACUUUAUAGCAAUGACGAGAUACGAGAGAUCUUGCGAACUUGUGCUAAAUUUGGGGCAAGAGUUAUAAUUGACACUUCAUUUUCAGGUUUGGAAUAUGACUAUAAAGGCUGGGGUGGCUGGAAUUUGCAUGGGUGCUUGUCAGAGCUAAAUUCUUUGUGCAAACCAUCAUUUUUUGUCUCUCUUCUUGGAGGAUUAUCUCUGAAGAUGCUCAAUGGUGUUCUCAGAUUUGGGUUUCUGAUUCUAAACCAGCCAGCAUUGGUUGAUACCUUCAAUGCAUUUCCAGGAUUAAGCAGACCUCAUAGUACUGUUAAAUAUGCUAUAAAGAAGUUGCUUGGUCUUAUGGAACAGCAAUCAGCAGACCUAUAUGAUGCCGCUAUUGAGCACACAAGGGAAUUGAGAAGUAGAUACAAAUCCUUGAAAGAGCUUCUUGAGAAAUGUGGGUGGGAUGUGCUUGAUUCCUCGGGUGGUGUUUCUGUUGUGGCCAAGCCCUCAGCCUAUCUUGACAAGAUCGUCAAGGUUGAGAUUUCGCCGAAAGGCGAUGAGAGCCGAGAAAAUGCCACCACUGAAUUCAAGAUUGAUGACUCAAAUAUUAGGACUGUCAUUCUCAAAGCCACUGGUUUAUGUAUAAACAGUGGCUCCUGGACUGGAAUUCCUGGCUACUGCCGGUUCAACAUUGCAUUGGAAGAAAAUGAGUUCAAGGAAGCAUUAGAUUGCAUCGUUAAAUUCAAAGAACUCGUGCUGAAUUGACGUCUUCUUCCAUUUCCGGUAAAGGUGACAGUGAAUGGAUUAGUUUGAUCUUCAUUGCAGGUCUUGAUAGCUGAUCCUUGUGUAAGAGGUUUGUCCUUUAUUCUAGUGAUACAGUCAAUGAUGGUUGAGCUUUUGUUCUCUGGCUGUGGUGUUUCAUGUGAGCCUCUCAUGCUAAGAGAUAAUGAAAUUGUGUUUUCAAUUAUAAAAAGUUAGACUGUUUUAUGUUGAUCUUUUA